UACAAUUUGGAAACUUUAGCUUAUGGAUUAUUGGAUCAACAGUUAUACAUUCCUAGUAAAAUCUCUACAUCAACUAGUCAAAUUAGAAGCUCACAGUUCAGUUUGGAAGAAUGGAGGAAGACAAACAAGCGACAAUGAAAUUGCCCAUUCCGCUGGAAUUAUCAAAAGAAGAAUUAGAAGAAUUAGUAGAUAAAGCAAAGGAUUGGGCGCUUAUACAUGGAAUAUGUUUGAGAUCGAAAAAAGUUUUUGAUAGAGAUAUCUUACAAUUCGCACCAUUUACGCUUUUUCCAUCACCCUUUCCCCGAGAGGAGUUCUAUAAUGCCUGUGAUAUUCAGAUCAUUUUGAAUAUACUCAUACAUAGAGUAGCUCAUGAUUAUGAUUUUUUGAAAGAUACUUUGCGUGAGACUAUAAAAGUGGACGAUUUUACUAAAAACUUAUUUAAUAUCUAUAAGAUUAUUCACAAGGAAGGUGUUGCUCAGAAAAUAUCUCUUGGCAUAUUACGCUCAGAUCUAAUGUUAGACACAAGUUGUCCCAAGAAAGAUAUUAAAAUGCUCAAGUCUCACUGCUGCUGGAAGCAAGUUGAGAUAAAUACAAUUGCUUCUGGAUUCGGUUGGUUAGGACCUGCAUCUACGCAGCUACACAAGUUUGUCUUGCAGGAACUUGGCUAUACGGCUGAACUGAAAAAUCUUCCUGAAAAUAAUGCUCUACAAACACUUUGUUCUAGUUUCAUAGAAGCAUGGAAUUUAUAUGGCAAUCCACAAGCAGUUAUUUUGUUCGUUAUUGAAGACACUACAUAUAAUAUUUGCGAUCAGCGCUUUCAUGAAUAUGAAAUUCGUAAGCAAAAUUCAGAUAUAAAAGUAAUUCGUAGAAAUUUAACGCAAUUAGUGACUACUGCAAGACUGGGUCCCAAUAUGGAGCUAGUAGUAGGUAGUUAUGUCGUAGCAGUAGUUUACUACAGGUGCGGUUAUGAACCUGGUCAGUAUCACACUCAAAAAGAAUGGGAUGUAAGGUUGCUAAUUGAGAGGUCAUUGGCGAUCAAAUGCCCGAGCAUUCAAUAUCAUUUAGCUGGUACAAAGAAAGUUCAACAAACUCUUGCAAAGCCCGGUAUGGUUGCACGUUUCUUAAAAGAUGAAAAAACUGCAGCAAAAGUUAAAGAAGUAUUUACUGGUCUUUAUCCGUUGGAUUUUGAUGAAUUUGGAAAUGUUGCUGUAGAUAUGGGUAUUUCAAACCCUCAUCGUUUCGUGUUAAAACCGCAGAGAGAAGGCGGUUGUAAUAACUUGUAUGGGACAGAUAUCAAAAAUUUUCUAGAAUCUGUAAAAUCUAAACAAAAUCGAGUAGCUUGGAUUCUUAUGGAUCGAAUUUAUCCACCUGUGCACAGAAAUUAUGUUGUGAAAUGUGGAAAUGGAAAUAUGAAUUUAGAAAUGAAAGAACUAGUCUCAGAGUUAGCUUUACCUGAUGUUAUACAUGCGGUGGCCAAAUAUGAAGUGGGAUAUGAACCACGAGAGAUCUUUUUCUUCCGAGAAGGUAGCAUUGUUAUGUGGAAUAUUUCUGAUCUCGAAUGUGGCAACGUAUUACAAUUUUUGAGACGUUACGAGCAAAAUCGUUACACAGAAGAAUUAGUUCAAACCGAAAGCGAGUUAAUGAAUUAUAUUUAUGCGGAUCCCGGGAAAAAGAGUCACUUGAAGGAUGGCGAUAUUAUCCUGGCACAGGAAGCAGGAAAUUUGGAUAAGUACACGUUUUCCAAUGCCAUGGCACAAUCUGUCAAGUUAGGCAUAUGGGAGGCAUCGUUAAAUCGUUAUGUUGAUUCAAUUGAAUUUGUUACGGAAGAUCUAAAAAUUGGUAAGAAGAUUCAGAUGACGCAGCACGAGGUGUUGAGAAAACAGGGUGAAUUGUUCGCUCUCAGACACCGUAUCAAUUUAACGUCGGAUCUGUUGGAUACACCUGAUUUCUACUGGGAACGAGACGAUUUGGAAAGUUUGUAUCAACAAACCUGCGGAUAUUUUAGCAUCGCGAAACGUACGAAAGUGAUGAACGAGAGAUUAAAUCACUGUUUGGAACUGGUGAGCAUCUUGUCGUCGCACUUGAGCGAUCGUCAUCAUGUACGUUUGGAAUGGAUGAUUAUCAUACUUAUUAUGGUGGAGGUCGCUUUCGAAGUUUUGCAUUACAUCGAUCGGUAUCUUGUAAAAUAGUGACCUAAUAAUAAUAAAUAACACCGUAUACAAA